AUGACCAACUUCAACAGCAUUUUCGCGGCGUAUGCGGCCAUCACCACAACGAACGCCCAACUGAUAACACCCACUGAUCUCCCUGCCAUCUCCCACAACUUCCACCUCAUAGCGCACGUCAAAUCUCCCAACGUGACUCAAUUCACCGCCGGCAUUGAAAACUGGCAGGUCAUAUCUCUACCAGGAUCAGGAUGUCAUGAGCCUCUCAUCUUGAGGAAACCAGCGGACAAUGGCACCGACGCAGGCACAACAUUUUGGUUCAACCCCGAAACAACGGGCGUAGCCUACGGUGACGGACAAGACAUGAAGAGUCUAUCGAUUCCAAGAGGGGGCCAUGGCGAACGAGCGCUGAGUAUGGAUUGCAGCAAGGGGACUUCGGAGGUGGGCGUGGCCUCUGUGGACGACGGACCACAGCUGGUGUAUCGGAAUAAUGCCACGUUCUACGUAUGUCCGAGGAGGAUAAGGUCACAGGCGGUAGCGCAGUUAUUGUAUAGGGAGGGUGAAGAGCCUUUGCCGUAUAUGUGUGCCGAUGUGGUCUUGUUUGCGAAGAGAGCGAGGGGGAAGAGGAGGGGGGAUGGGUCGGCGGUGGUUUGUUGUACGGAUGUUAGGGACGGGGUUUGUGUGUUGCCUAUUCGGCCAUAG